CAUUUUCCAGGAGCUGGAUAGGUGGAAUACUGUUGAAUGCAGACUGGAACCGGCAACCAGGGCGUUUCCCAGAGCCUGAUCGCUGCACUUAAAGGAAGAGAAACUCCAAGAUCCUCGAGGGGACGGGGACCGCGAGCAGGGGCGUGGCUACGGACGAGAGCACGGCUUUCAGGGAACGAGUUCCCGGAUGGUGAUCUCUGAGGGGCGGUCACGCCUAGGAAUAUGGCUAAGCUGGUUUGGAAAGCGAGCUGCGCUUGGAGGACCCAUAGCUAAAGAUCUGCAGCAUGGGGCCAAUGGAUGGCUGCGGAAGGCGGGCCUGCGAGGGUCUUGGCUAAUGGAGGACACCUAGGGCCACGGCCUCCUGAUGAAAAGUGGAAGGGGCAUGAGAUCUGCAACGCAAGCCAAUGAAAGGCGAGGGGAGGCGGCCGAUACAGGGCUCUUAAGGGUGAUUCCCCCCCCCCGCCCCGAGUGUGGCUCCGGUUCUGCGCACGCGCAUCCGGCCAGACUACGGGUGCCGCGGAGCCAAGUGGGCGAAAGGAGCGGCGGCGCACGCCGGGGUCACGUGGCACAGAGAGCGCCGAAUUCCGCUGUCGUUAGGGCUGUUUCUUGUAGGUGAAGGUUGAGGGACCCUAGAGGUCGGUCCGCCGCUGGAGAAGCAUCCUGGUGGUAUUUGACCUCCGCUCCUGGCUUGGGGUGGAGAGUCAAGCUCGGGCUCCGCGCUCGCGCUCUCUACAGGGAAGAAGCGUGGCUUGGGCGGGGCGGGGGGGGUCGCACAUUCCUAACUGGGGGGCCGUGGCUCCGUGCUUCACGGUGACCACGUGGGGCGGGCUCACCACUGGGGCCCGAGGUUCUGGGUCCUGUGUAAGCGAGGGGCGGGGCUUCCCGCCCAUAGAUUGACAUACAGGUACUACCUCAUGGAGACCCCCGCCGCCGCCGCCGCCGCCGCCGCCACCACCGCCGCCACCGCCGCCACCGCCACCCCUGCCACCCCUGCGGAGGGCUCCUUCCCCUCGUUCCUGCUUCUGGCGUGCGGGACGCUGGUGGCUGCCCUGCUGAUGGCUGCUCACAGACUGGGGCUUUUUUAUCAGCUGAUGCACAAGGUGGACGGGGCGAGUGUCCGGCAUGGUGGGGAGAAUGUGGCAGCCGUGCUGAGGGCCCAUGGUGUGCGAUUCCUCUUCACACUGGUUGGGGGGCACAUUUCUCCGCUCCUGGUGGCCUGUGAGAAGCUGGGCAUCCGGGUGGUGGACACACGCCACGAGGUCACAGCUGUCUUUGCUGCUGAUGCUGUGGCUCGCCUGACAGGGACUGUGGGCGUGGCGGCAGUGACAGCCGGUCCUGGUCUCACCAACACGGUGACUGCUGUGAAGAAUGCUCAGGUGGCACAGUCCCCGAUCCUGCUGCUAGGUGGAGCUGCUAGUACCCUGCUGCAGAAACGGGGUGCGCUCCAGGCCAUCGAUCAGAUGUCCCUGUUCCGGCCGCUCUGCAAGUUGUGUGUGUCUGUGCGGAGAGUGCGGGACAUUGUGCCCACGCUGAGGUCCGCGAUGGCCGCUGCCCAGUCGGGUACCCCAGGUCCUGUGUUUGUGGAGCUGCCUCUUGAUGUACUGUACCCCUACUUCAUGGUCCAAAAGGAGAUGGUGCCAGCCAAGCCACCGAAGGGCCUCAUGGGUCGAGUGACGUCCUGGUAUUUACAGAAUUGCCUGGCUAACCUCUUUGCGGGUGCAUGGGAGCCUCAGCCCGAGGGGCCCCUGCCCCUGGACAUCCCCCAGGCAUCCCCCCUUCAGGUUCAACGCUGUGUGGAGAUCCUGAGCCGGGGUAAGAGGCCCCUGCUGCUACUGGGCAGCCAAGCUCUGUUGCCCCCGACGCCCGCCAACAAGCUUCGGGCUGCUGUGGAGACCCUAGGUGUCCCCUGCUUCCUGGGGGGAAUGGCUCGUGGGCUGCUGGGCCGCAACCACCCCCUCCACAUCCGGCAGAACCGUGGUGCAGCCCUGAAGAAGGCAGAUGUCGUCAUCCUGGCAGGAGCCGUGUGUGACUUCCGCCUCUCCUAUGGCCGUGUCCUGAGCCGCCGCAGCAAGAUUAUCAUCGUCAAUCGGAACCGGGAGGAGUUGUUGCUGAACUCAGACAUCUUCUGGAAGCCCCAGGAGGCCGUGCAGGGUGAUGUGGGCUCCUUCAUGCUAAAGCUGGUGCAAGGCCUUCAGGGCCAGACAUGGGCCACAGACUGGUUAGAGGAGCUGCGGGAAGCUGACUGGCAGAAGGAGCAGACCUAUCGGGAGAAGGCAGCAAGGCCUGUAGCCCAGCACCUGAACCCAGUGCGGGUCCUGCAGCUGGUGGAGGAAAUUCUGCCUGACAAUUCAUUUCUUGUGGUUGAUGGUGGAGACUUUGUAGCUACUGCUGCAUACCUCGUACAGCCCCGAGGCCCUCUGCGCUGGCUUGAUCCUGGGGCCUUUGGGACUCUGGGAGUUGGUGCAGGGUUUGCACUUGGGGCCAAAUUGUGCCAGCCGGAUGCUGAGGUCUGGUGCCUGUUUGGGGAUGGAGCCUUUGGCUACAGCCUCAUUGAGUUUGACACAUUCGUCAGACACAAGAUCCCUGUAAUAGCAUUGAUAGGGAACGAUGCAGGCUGGACCCAGAUUUCCCGGGAGCAGGUGCCCAGACUGGGCAGCAACGUGGCCUGCAGCCUGGCCUAUACUGAUUAUCACAAGGCAGCCAUAGGUCUGGGGGCCCGGGGCCUGCUACUCUCACGGGAAAAUGAGGACCAGGUGGUCAAAGUGCUGCGUGAUGGCCAGCAGCAGUGCCAAGAUGGCCACCCGGUCGUGGUCAACAUCCUCAUUGGGAGGACGGACUUCCGUGAUGGCUCCAUUUCCGUAUAGGGCCUUGUGGGUUAGUAUGCUUGGCUUCCUUUUUGUACAUGGACUGUGCCUGGUUUGGAGUCUCAUCCUCACCCACCCUGGACUUAUUCCACGCGGCCCAGUGACCUCACAAUCCUCCCUGAGGUUGUGCUCCAAGAGGCACCGUGGCAGCCCUGGAGAGCUACGGGCCUUUGUCUCCACAGGCCUAACCAUGCACUAUCUCCUCUCCGCUCUUACAGACCAAAUAAACCAUCUCUUCUGACCCAUGUGGGCCCGAGGAUUUAGUCACAAAA